AUGUUUUCCCUUUACAGCAAACAGACAUGCCCGUUUUAUACGUUCACAACAGUCGAAGGACAUCAAAUUCGUUUGACAGAUGCACACUUUAUCGUUGUUGACCGCAAUGACACCGGAAGUACAGAAACCAUUUGCGCUGAAGACGUCAACCUCGCGCAUCAUUUAGUCUUACUUGGCCGAACAGUCCCAUUGGCAAGUAUUCAAUACUCACAACUCCUCGGUUUCUAUUCGCCAAUCAGAUUAAGUGGUUACCUAACUGUCAACAAUUUCUCGACAUCAGUUUAUAGCGACGUUUUAUAUGCACCACAUGAUUUGAUUCAUCAAAUCGCAAUUCCAUUUCGAUUGUAUUAUCAUGUGGCCCGAUGGUUAUUUGGACGCCAUUACCACCCAUAUUCAAUGCGCAGUCAUGGAGAACUGCACCCUUUAUCUGCUUUUAUUAUUGGCAAUUAUCAGUCGUUCAAACUCUCAUUUAACUACUACCUCCAUCUUUUAGAAAUAUUUAGCUCGUUUUUUAUCAUUCGCACUACCGGACGUUUUUUUUCUAACGAGUACUAA